AUAUAAAAGAAAAGUAUGAAAUAAUUGUGUAGGGUUGGUUUUACUUUUCAAUUAGGGUUCAUAGUUUCUCCUUGUAAAAGAGAAUAAUAUGUGGGUUUAACUUUUCUACUUCAAUUCUUCCACUGCAGAAUCCCUCACAUAAACCACAUGAGUCCCCAGUCGGAGGAUCCUCAUAACGUUCCGGUGCCGGUAUAUAUCCCCGGCGAACUCAUCGCCGACGUGCUUUCCUUCCUUCCCGUCAAAUCAAUCCUUCGAUUGAGAUGUGUGAGUAAGACAUUGAAUUCUCUUAUCUCUGAUCCUUUCUUUGUCAAAUUGCAUCUUAAUCGAUCCAAACGAAAGGAUGAACUCAAACUUGUACAGUUUUUGGAAUGGGAUAAGGUAUCCUUUACAGUUUUUCGAAUGUCUGAAAACCCUCCACUCAUUUUUAAUCUCCCUGAAGAUUCUUACCAUACAUUGAAGGACAAUGUUUGGUUCAAUAUAGUUGGUUCCUGCAAUGGUUUAAUUUGUUUUUACGAUCAAUGUUAUAACUAUAAUUCAGUUUUAGAGAUGUGGCUCCGUAUUUGGAACCCGGCCACGAGGACAAUAUCAGAAAAAAUAUGGUGUAGUGGUAUCGGCCCCAUUGAAUCUCUUGCUAAUUUUAUGUUUGGUUGUGAUAAUUCAACCAACACUUAUAAGGUGUUGUAUUUCAUUCCUUUUAAAAAACAGGUAAAAGUUCUCACUUUGGGUAAUAAAGUUCGGAGAAAUAUUCAAAAAUCUCCGGUGAAACAUUGUUCCUCCAUGAAUCUUGCCCAUCUGAGUGGUACUGUUAAUUGGUUGGCAAUCCGCAAACACUACUCCACUUAUGAUUACAAGAAUAUAACUAUUGAGCAGUUUGUGAUUAUUUCACUUGAUUUGGGCACGGAGACACAUACUCAAUUGCGGCCUCCUCCCGGUUUCUAUGAAGUUCCAUUUGUUGAACCAAAUCUAAGUGUCUUAAUGGAUUUCCUUUGUUUUUCUCAUUAUUUCAAACAAACUCAUCUAGUAAUAUGGCAAAUGAAGGAAUUUGGAGUUGAAGAGUCUUGGUCUCAAUUCCUUAAAAUUUCUUAUGAUACUCUUUUAUUAGAUUAUCACUUUAGUUACUUUAAAUUGUUGCUAUUAUGCUAUUCGGAGAAGAAUGAUACACUGUUUUUUAUGAACUAUCUUGAAAGCCAAGCAGUUAUCUGUAACAGGAGAUUUAAUAGAGUGGAGAAAAUGAAUAGAGUAGAGGGAAUAGAUAGAUCCUUGUUGUUGAGUGGCCAUGAUCAUGUAGAAAGCUUGGUUUGGUAUUGUUGAAUUGAAACAGGGUGGAUCGAGUUCACGCCGGAGUAUGCUGUCUCGCACAAUUCUGCUCCGUUGUUUUUCUUCUUUGUACAGAAGUUGUUUUGGGUGUACCAAUUAGAGGGCUGCUGGUUUUUGUUGGUUAUUUUUUGUUUCUGACAGGGAGUUUUUCAUGGGCUUGCGUUUGUUUGUGUAGUUUGCUAUAGACACGGUCAAUUAGCCAAUAAAAGUAUCAACUAAACUUAAUCAAUAUUGAUAUAAGCACAAUAGUCAUUUUCUACACAACAAAUUUCAUGAAUCACUUAACAGAGAAAACAAAUGCAAGGGAAAGAAAGAGCAAUUAAUUUCAUGAAACUACGUUGCUUAAAAAUUAUCAAACUUCAUUCUGUAAACAAUAAAAAACGUUAUUAGGGUAGUGUUCCAUCCCAAAUAUACUGACAUGAAAUGUGAUAAAGAGUUGAUGAUUGUAACUGUAUCUCUUAUUCCUUUAUGGUAAAGCGUCUUCCAUAUGGUCUAGUUCAUCAAAUAUUCAUACCAUUUCUUUUGAAUACUAGAUUUUGUAAAAGUUGUGAUAUUUAAGUUAUCAUCUUCCUUUUGUUUCAAUUUGUAAUUAUUUAACAACCGAAUCUUCUUAUCUUUGAGAAAAUAUUUCAUAUAACAUCAAACUAAUAAUAAAAAUAAUAAUAAUAAUGUAAAAGAGAAGCUGCUUUAUACAACUUACAUUAUGUUUUAAAAAACUGUCGCAAAUGUUUUGCGGUGUGAUUUGUA